AUGUUCUCCUGCAACACCAGCGCUUCUGGUCAAUCGACUUUCCUUCUCACUGGCUUUCCAGGCCUGGAAGGCUCCCAGCACUGGGUCUCUAUCCCCAUCAACCUCAUCUGCGUUGUGUCCAUCCUGGGCAACGGUGUCAUUCUCUUCCUGAUCCGCACCGAUCCAGCCUUGCACGAACCCAUGUACAUCUUCCUGUCCAUGCUAGCGGCCUCUGACCUGGGCCUCUGCGCCUGCACCUUCCCCACCAUGGUGUGGCUCUUCUGGCUGGGUACCCGGGAGUUGCCCUUCGACCUCUGUGCCGCGCAGAUGUUUUUCAUCCACGCCUUCACCUACGUGGAAUCGGGGGUGCUGCUGGCCAUGGCCUUCGAUCGCUUUAUUGCUAUCCGGGAUCCCCUGCACUACGCCACGAUCCUUCCCCAUUCGGCAGUGGCCAAAGUGGGCGCUGCGGUUCUGGCCCGGGCUCUCCUCCUCAACCUCCCCGCACCCAUCCUCCUGCGGCGCCUGCUCUUUCCGCGCACCAGCGUGCUUUCCCACUGUUACUGCCUCCACUGUGACCUCGUGGGGCUGGCCUGCUCCGACACCCACGUCAACAGCUUGGUGGGUCUCGCCUCCAUCCUUCUCUCCUUGGGCCUCGACUCCUCCCUCAUCAUGAUCUCGUACGCCCUGAUCCUCCGGACUGUGAUGGGCAUUGCAACCCCCGGGGAACGGCUCAAAGCCCUCAACACCUGCGUCUCACACCUCUGCAUCGUCCUCGUCUUUUAUUUGCCCAAACUGGGGCUGUCCGUGCUGCACCGAGUGGAGAAGCGCAGCUACCCUGCGCUGGCAGUGCUCAUGGCCAACUUGCACUUCUUGGUCCCGCCCUUCAUGAACCCCAUCGUGUACUGCAUCAGGUCCAAGCAGAUCCGACGCGGCCUCCUAAAGCGCUUCCAGCAGAAGAGAGUUGAUGCGUCCUAG